AGGUUUAUGACUCGUCGGAUAUAUGGUGUUAAGAAAGAAAAACCUCCCUGUUGUUUUCCUUAUUCAUAUUAAUUUUAUGAUAAGCAUAAUUUGUUUUUCGACAUUUCGAUAUCUUCGUAGUCAACAAAAAAGGCUUAGAAACGCUCGCUAAAUGUUCGUUAAGCUGCACGUAAACAGGUCAAUCCCGAGUUUAGCCUAAGCACGGCGCACUGAGAAUUUUGAUAAGCGAGCGGUUUGGCAAAUUGUGCAGUUUUACGCGGAGCCCUGGGUCGCUCUUAUUCCGGGACAGGUUGCAGAAUUCGGCCGCUAGCCCGUGGAAGCCCCGCUACGCGCAGAACACCAGAGAAAAGAAGAAAGAAAUCUUCCAAUAACGCAGGCGUUUGGUUCUAGAGCACCUUCAAAUUUGGACUCAGAAAGCCCGACUGAGAGCAGAGAAGCUCCUUCUCGGCUGAUAAACAUGUUGCCAGUGGUGGUGGUACAUGGAGGGGCAGGUCAUAUCCCAAAGGAGCGGUCAGAAAAGUCCACUGCAGGGGUGUGCUCUGCGGCCCGAGCAGGGUACACCAUCCUCCAGGCAGGGGGCAGCAGCAUGGAUGCAGUGGUAGAGGCUGUGUCCCAGCUGGAGAAUAACCCCUUCUUCAAUGCAGGGUGUGGGUCAGUGCUGAAUGUCAAAGGAGAGGUGGAGAUGGAUGCCAUUGUAAUGGAUGGGAAAACACUGGGAAGCGGUGCAGUGUCUGCUGUACGCAACAUAGCCAACCCUAUUCAGCUAGCACGACUGGUUAUGGACAAGACCAGUCAUGCGUGUUUGACAGCAGAGGGUGCCAAUCAGUUCGCCUGGGCCAUGGGUGUCCCUAAGGUCCCCCAAGAGUCCCUCAUCACUGAGUACUCCCGUAUGCGCUGGAAAAAGAACUUGGAUUUGGAUGCCAACCCUGUGGAGUGCCAAAUGGGGAAGAUGGGCACAGUUGGAGCUGUGGCAGUCGAUAGUGAGGAUAACAUAGCCUGUGCUACCUCCACUGGUGGAAUGCUGAACAAAAUGGAAGGACGGGUGGGCGACACACCCUGCAUAGGGUGUGGGGGUUAUGCUGACAACAAGAUGGGAGCAGUAUCAACUACAGGCCACGGAGAAGCCAUCAUGAAAGUUACUCUGGCAAGACUCAUCCUGUUCUACAUGGAGCAAGGUCAGUCGGUGGAAGCGGCUAGUGAUUUGGGCUUGGCCUACAUGAAGUCCAGAGUGGGCGGUCUGGGUGGGGUGGUUACACUGGACCCCCAGGGCCGCUGGGCCGCUCGCUUCUCCAGCCUGCAAAUGGCCUGGGCUGCAGCCCAGAAAGAGACCCUGCACUAUGGCCUAUAUAGUGGGGAACACUUCACGCAGAGCAUCGAUAAUCCACACUGACUAAAAUACGACCAAUAUUUUUUUGGCUGGAAUGUUAUGCUAACGGACAAAAGAAAUCAUUGAAAUUGAGGAUAUUAAUACUACUCAAUACUAAUGCAAAUAAUAUCAAAAUAUCACUGGAAUGAAUUCAGUUUAAGUGUUCUGAUACACGGGCAUUAUAGUAUUGAUUAAUAGACUUUAGUGAAGAAACAUACAGAAAGGCUCUGCCGAUAAGGCCCCUUCAUUAUCUACAGCAUGAUUGAUCCUGAUCCUUAAAGUCUAGACAUUGCGAGGACUAUAGAGAUGACCUCUGGAACCUGAAUAGACUUCCUGUUAAGGUUAGGUAAUUGUCUGAAGCAAGAUGAGCUUGAUGGCAGCGGGAUUACCCGAGGAGCUCACUGAACUGGACCUGGAGCUGUGUAGCUGUCGGGGCAGGCCGAGCCAGUAUUUGUGAAGCUCUAGUGAUCAGAUAAUGAUUGUUGAUGCUGAAGCUUUGUUUUAGGAAAAACACCAAUGAUGACAAUAAAUGCC